ACUACAUGCUGUUGAAGUUAAAGGACGAACAUGGAGUAAUGCGUUUAGAAAGCGUUGAUGCGGACUUUAGGAAUAAACUAUAAAUGAUCCCAUUCUGACCAGUCAUAGCACAGUGAAUGUGAGAGUGCAUUAACUUCAAAACUGACACAAUGUAAGUGCGACACGCCAGAUUGCGCACUUUUGCAGCUCGCGCACGCAGGAUGGAAGUGACGGCGGCAGCCGUUGAACACUCUUCUAGCAAGCUGGAGAAGUCGAUUAUGUUUAUGAAUCACACAGGGUUAAUACGUUGUGUGACGAGCAGCGAAACGUUGUCUGCAAAGUAAAACUGGUAAUGUUUUACGCUUUAUAUUUCGGAGUGUUUACAAAGGCUAGCGGGGCUAGCUGGACGGCUAGUGAUGAUGAAGUGAAUUUGGCUAAUAUGCGGCUAAUGCUUCUUUAGCCGUCGCGCUGUCACUGACCUAUAACAUCUGCAUAACUUCUAGGGAAUUGCCGCAAAAAUGUCCAUUAUGGACAACGAACACAUCACCUGCAGGCCCCACACUGGAGACACAAUAGCAACCUAGCCCCAAGAGUGAGCUGCCGUGGUCGAUAAGCUUUGCUAAAAGCUAACUUGUGUCUGUGGAGCCGCUCAUAAAACGUCAAGCCUUAUGGAUCAAGAGGACACGAAAGACAAAAUCACAGAUGUUUGUAGUGAACAGUUGUUCUACAAACUGGACGUGCCUGGGAUUGUACCAGUUGCAACACAGCCUGAGCCAAGUUCUGACAUCAUGCCUUCAUGUAAUAGAAAGGUGAGCAGCAGGACUGAGGAUAAUAACCCGAUUGUAAUGGAGGAUGCAAUCAGUAAUGGCACCUGUGAGGUUGAGACUGUGAUAGCAUUACGCUGUUCUGGUGACAGAGAAGACAUUGGUGAUAGUGACCACCUAGCACUAAGUAAUGAUGGGAUGUCAGAGUUUUCCAACGGUGACCUCUCUCUACCUGAAGUCUGCAUUUCCACCAACAGCGCUAGCUUUGAGGAGGAUAUGAACUAUGAGAUCCAGCAAGCUUAUAAGAUAUUCUCUGGAUUUCUCUUGGACAAACACAAAGGAAUGACCAGUUCAUUUCGUCACCCCAUUGGCCACCAGAAGGUCCUAGGUGGUAUUGGACGUAUCUGCAGCCAGGGUCAGACACAGCUCAAGCCUUCCAUGUGCCUACAGAGGAUGGAGGAAAAGUUUGUUAGCCAGGAGUAUGGGUCCAUAACAGAGUUUGUUGCAGACUUCAGGCUCAUGUUGGAGAACUGCUAUCGAUAUCACGGAGUGGACCACUGGAUCUCCAAACAGGCUCAAAAACUGGAAGUUAUGUUGGAACAAAAGCUUACAUUGCUAUCAAGGACACUACGAGAGAAAACAGCCUUGGCAGUGACGUCGCAAGGACGUUUCGGUGCAGAGGAGGAAAGAAGUUCUUUGGGUACCACCACAAGGAGGAGACUGGCACCUCGUAGCCUGGGUACCAUAACUAUUGGUGGGCAUGAGUCUGUCAUGGUCCAGACCCUUCGUCUGGAAGAACAACAAAGGGCCAAGGAAGAAAAGAGGCUGCGUGAGCUUGAGAAGAAAGAGGCAGAGGAGAUGUCGGCAAAGGAGGUAGAUGACUGGGAGCAGAGCUUGUUGUCAGAAGCUUCCCCUCACACUAUUGACACCCUGUGGGAACUCCCUGCUAUAGGCCAUUUCCUCUGCUUGGCCCAAACUGCGCUUAACCUCCCUGAGAUUGUAUUUUUUGAGCUAGAACGUUGUCUGCUAAUGCCGCGCUGCAGCCUCCUCCUCGCCAAAGUCAUGUCUUCCCUAUUGUCCCCACCCCAGCGAAGGGCCAUGCUACAUCGGUGGCCUGCAGUGCCUUAUCGCCGCUGGGAGUCGGAGCUCAGGCAGCGGGUCACGGGCUGGUAUCGAGCUGUUGGGGCCUCUCGUAAUCAGCCUGUUCGGGCUGAGAAACUGGGACUGUGCCACCAGUUUUUCAGAGUACUGGGGGAGGUUAGUCCCUUAGAGGAGAAACCCUUUCAUCUGCUGCCCUUCUACCAGCGAAUAUGGCUACUGAAAGGACUGUGUGAUCAUGUGUAUGAGACACAGAAGGAUGUGCAGGAUGCUGUUCUGGCCCAACCCAUCCAUGAAUGUAGAGAAUCUAUUUUGGGCUAUGACAACGAGGAUAAUGCCUAUAUACAUUUCCCACAUUUCUGUGGAGCAGACCUGCGGAUUUACUGUCAGAGUCCAAGCACACCCCCAGCUUUCCCUUUCCCUUCUAUCUGGGUGAAAAAGAUUGAUACAGAGCCAUGCAGAGAGGCUAACCGCUCAGGUGUGUUAAGAGAUCGGGUGGCUAAAACCAUCCAGGACAGUUAUAGGGACUUCAUGGACACUGGCAAAUCCAAUGACAGGGGCACAGCAAGAGAAGACACGCCAGAAGGUGAUGAGGUGAGAUUAAAGUCAUGGUCAGUGAGGAAGGAGGAUGAUAGAAAUGAGUCAGGGUCCUCUGAAGGAGAUUCCCUUGAAGACUGUAAAUUGAGCUUCCACAUCCACAGCAAUUCAUUAUCUUUGUCAUGUCUUAAAAGUCCUCCUGAGGCAGAUGCUGGGAAAUUGAAUAAAAGAGAAGAUCUUGCAGAGUUGGAACACCAAACUAAAAACUUUACAAUAAUCCAGGAGCCAGACUUUUCACCGGGAACACUCCGCACUGUUAAAGCGGAGACCCAUGAGCCCUGUCUGAGUGUAGGGGAGCACUGCUACACAGGCAGAUCUCCUGCUCGCUCAGUGAAUUUCGUUUCACAUAUCGGGUCAGGAGGGACCAAAAUGGAGGAAGGAUGUCCCGGUCAGAGACACCAAGGAUCUUUCUCUUUGGAAAGUUCCAGAAGCAAAACUACCCAUUUGAAGUCUGAGCAGCAUCAAUGUUGCCAUGACACAUCCAGGCCUGGAACCCUGUUGUCUUCUGAGAGCGCUCCAAUCCUUAAUGAAGAGCUGGUAAAGGACAGAGUCUGGACUAAAAGAAAAAGACGGAAGAAAAAGAGAAGGAGGGAGCAGCUGUUGGGGGUGAAAGGAGAGCAGCUGCAGUGCACAGACAGGAUGAGGCUGUGUCCAGCUGAAGCUGCGGAGUCUGCGUUUUGGAGCAAGGCCACGGCAGCCAAGAGAAAAGACAAGAAAAAACAGAAAACAGGAAAAAAGCUUGAAUCAUCAACAAUAAUGAGUGAAGAAUGCUCAGUUGAGCCAUCUUUUAAGUUGAUAUGCACCAGUCUUGAGCAGUUGCGACAGCUAAUCGGUAAGACGGAGGAUGAGCUUGAUGACUUGGAGAGCACCAAAAACAAAUUGGGUCGGUGGUACUAUAGAAGACAAGCAGUGAAAGAGCUCCACAGCACUCUAAUCAGACUUCUGAAUGAACUUACACCCUGGGAACCCAAACUCAUUAAAGCCUACCAAAGGAAUAGACUCCGUUUGAAGAAGGAAUUUGAUGAAUUCAAGGAAUAUCCAGACUAUAGUAACUUUGUACGUGAGGAGUGUGUUUCAUCAUCAUCGUGGUCGUCCUCAUCUGAAGAAGAAGACAGCAGUUUAGGGAAGGAGGCAUAUUCCUUCCCAGAUCACGAUGGACGAUUGGAAGAGGAUGACAUUGAACAUGUAGUUCCUAGGUGUAUUUGGACUGGAGUAAGCACCACUCAGUUUAUGACUGAGUCUGUGGGAGAGAAGGUUGGGUCCUAUGGAACUUUCAACCACCUAAAGAACCCUCUGGCCAGUACAGAUGAUUCAAGACUUCAGGCUGGCAGCAGUAACAUUACUUCUACCCCCGAAUCUGCACUAGAGUCCAGAGCUGACCAAGUCCAGUCAAAUCACUCCAGUAAUUCACACUCAACAUCUGCAACAAGGAUACCAGCCUCAACUUUGCUCUCUUCAAAACAGACCAUCUUCCACCCAACCACUGGACUACCGAAGGGUUACACGCCCAUCCCCACCCUGUUUGCAAAGAGUGUGGGCAACAAAGUGACUUUAAUGAAAUGGCCUAUUGAUUGCUUGGAGGUUAACAGCAUAGAUAGACAGAGCAAAGGAUGUCUUGUCUCCCAACCUAGCUCUGCAGUGGCUACCACAAAACCUCUGCAACAUUCUCCAUCCAAUUCACAGAACUCACUACAAAACACACAAGCACUUAUCCAGCCAUUAAUAGCCACAAUGUCGGCAGCUGUUCCUGAAUCCCCACAGAUGGUAUCAACUGUACCAGUAAGUCCUGUCCAAGUGGUAUACAAGGUAUCUGAGGGGUUGGGUCACCUUGUAAGGGCAGAAAGCAGCAGCUCAAUCAAGAGUUCUCUUAAGCCUGUUGUGGACCAAACUACUGAUGAGAAGAUCACACAGCAAGUGGUUUUUCUGCCUUCUAAAUCUCUUCUUCACAUAAAUGAAGAAAACGGAUCUUUACAUCACAGCCAGUCUAAAAGCAUCCAAGUUCCCAUUCCAAAAGUGAGCAGCCCCAAGUGUACGUCAUCCAGUAUACCUGGAUUCAAACUUCCUGAAAGCACAGUACCUGUUCAGGAAGGGACUACUGUAACUGAUACCAGGUCAGUGAGGACACCAUCUGUUUUUGUUUCACCCUGUGUGGAACAAGGACCCUUGAACACAGCAGGGUGCAGAGGACCACAGAUCUGCAAUGUCCGGUCUAGCACACAUCAGGGUGUUAUCCCCAACCCCUUGCCCAUUGCAUCUCCGACCAGGCCAGUUUCUACAGAGUCUGAGUCAACAGACUCUAAACAGGAGCUGAAGACUGUGUGUAUUCGUGACUCACAGUCCAUUCUCGUAACAACUCGAGGAGGCAACACAGGCAUAGUCAAAGUCCAGACCUCCUCGGAACAGAAUGCACUUGGUUCUUUGUCCACCAGUCCAGUCAUUACCAUCUCACCUCAGUUGAAAGCUUUCCUCAUAUCCAAGAUGUCACAAUCUGUUUCUGUUUGUACUCCUUCUCAGACUUCUUCUUGCUCUGUCCCUGAGGUGACAAGUAUCUCAGUAGCCCAACCUCAGAAGCAGGAUUCUUCAGUAUUAAAAUCCUUUUCCACGAUCACGACCCCAAUACUCACUACAGUCAGCGAGAGCAUUUCCGUUGAAGGACUUGGAACUCAAAGUGUAGGCACUACUGCUACCUUAAGUCAGAGCUGUAGUAUGACAGUUGGACCAACAGUGGUAACAAGGACUGGCCAGGUACCACAGACAGCAGUUUGUGGUUCGUAUUUACAAUCAUCACUGGUAAAAGAAACUGCUGUUGUCCCAUCACUGAGUAGGUGUAGUAUUCCCCAUGGUCCCUCACAAGUACAAGAGAUGAUUAAUCAGGCUGGUGUGAAACGAGCCAGCACAGAUAAAGGGUCCCAAUUUACAAAGUUCAUUCUACUCACUCCACCUUCCUCAUCAAAUGCAGCUGUAUUGACAGUCACGUCCUCCACGAAUUCUCUUCCUACUUCAAGAGUGAUAUUUAUCAGCAAGCCCACAGCUGCAUCAUCCUCUACAUAUGUGGGAACCAAUCCAAAGCAAGUGCUAUCAGCAGACACAAGUCAACAGCUACUGGCAAGGGCUUUAUCGACUCAGACGUCAAAGAUUGGUUUAAGUCCAGGACGACUUUGUGGUGGCGUCACCUCAGACGUUUUAUCAGAGGCCAAGAAUAUUUCCUUACCCUCAGGUGUUCCAAUCCGUUUGCCAGGACAGACAACAACCAUUGGACAGACAGUUGGUGCCCCAUCAUAUUCUCAUACAGGCCCUUUGAUGGCUUCUACUACUGGACAGAUCCUGGCCACUAGUUCAAAUACUGUGACAAGUAGCCCAGCCAAAUUUGCCUCUCAGGCUUCACUAACCCCUCAGUAUCAGCUCAAGGGUAUUUCCUCUGUUAACAAGACCUCCCAACAAGGCUCUACCUUAUCUACAUCUACUCACACUACUCUGCCUCCUGAAGACAGAACUAAGAAUAACAUUGGUCUGACAACAGAUAUACUGUCCAGGAAAUCUCCUGCUUCAGGUACUGCCACCUUACAGAGUUUUCCUGUCCAUUCAGCCACACCCACCCUGCUUCAUCAGUUCCCAAAAUCUGGAUGUGGCAUGGGUGCUGAAACCACCUCUGUCAUAUCAUCCUCACAUCAAGUCCUCAGUAAAACUCAAAUAUCUGUCUCCUCAAUAAAUACAACUCCUGCCAGUCUUUUUGGAAAAGGCAACCAGGCAACAACAAAAACUACUCAUGUACCAACUACCUGCCCUACAAGUAGAGUCCAAAGGAGGAUUGUUAUCAACACCAGUGCACCUCUUGCUGCUGGCACACACAUCCUUUUUAACAAUGCACGCUUUGUGAUUCCUCCUCAUGGUUUGGGUCCAGGUAACCAUAUCCUCAUCAUCUCUAGCCCUGAGCCUCAACAAGUGCCUAUUUCCAGUGCUACCACUAUGGGCGAAGCAGCACCUCCCCAGGAGGUGACCCACACCACUGUAGCACCUCAGCCACCAAUUUUACCCCAGACCUCAGCAACAAUGCCAGGUGUACUGAACCCAAGUUCUUGUGUAGCAUCAUCUGCUAUUGGUUCUUCACCUCCAAAUGUCUCUCCAGUCAGACUGACAGCAUCUCAUGGUCUGUGCUUACCUUUGUUGCCCAGUACAGCAGAUGAGGUGUCUUGUGCUCUUCCAAGGUUCCAAGCUUCCCAGACUGGUAACCUUGCAUCAACUGUGACGGGUAUACCCGUUAGGCAUAUGCCUAUGGUAAGCACAUCAGGUGUGGUUUCUCCGUGUAUAACCAGUACACCUGCUGUCAGCUCCAUACUGGUUACAGUUGGUUUAACUGGAGACUCACCCAUGCAAGCCAAGUUUUCACAAAGUGCAUCAAAUGUUGCACCGGCACAGACUCUUACGAUGCCUAGGUUCUUAGUAUCUUCAUCGCUGUCAUCUGUUUUAGCCAAUGACGUCUUGCCAGCUGCAGCAAACCUUCCCUUGACUGUAGCCCCAUCUUCCACUGUGAUAGGAGGAACUCCUUGUCUACAUUCUCCACUUACUGCCCAGGAGGGGGUGUCAGUAAGUUUGACUGGUCCAGACCUACAGCUCCAGCAGGGAGCAGUUCAAUUUGCUGGACCUUCCAGUACACCAUCCCAGGCUUUGUCAAACACUAGACUUUGCAACAUGUCAUUUAAACAGCAGGGUCCACCAGCCAUCCAACCAGUGCUUGCCGACAUACAGACACAGGCAUCAGCAACAGUUGCGGUUUCUCCAGUUGCAAGUUCAGCUUAUAGAAUGCAGACGCAGCCAGUUGCAACAGUUUCACCAUUUGGAAGGACUGUAAAGAGCUCUGAAGCACCAUCUGUCAUUGUGAAGCUACCGACAACCAGUACUGCAAUAGGUACAGCCCUUCAACCAGUAGGAGCACAAAAGGCAAGUGAUGCAAUCCACCCACCUGUUCUUCAGACCAGUCAGGCACUGGAAAAGAGCUCCCUGCAAAUGUCAGCCAUCGGUAUGCCUAACAAGCUACCAUCCAAGUUGCUCAUUAGUCCUGAUGGUGCUGUUCUGACUACUGUGCAGUGUCUACGCAAUCCAGCAGAACAAACAAACUGCCCUGAACCACAGGCUGCACUGAUGGUUUGCCCCAGCAGUUUCUCUGGAGCAUCGCACAUAUCACACAAACAUGAUUGCUCAUCACAGCCUUCACAAGCUGACACAGAGUGAACCAAUUAACAGAGACAAUGACCCAAGUAAUGACAACUUAGACACCACGUGUCAGCAGCUUAGUUUUGAUAGUCCAUCACUUGUCGUGGUCUUGGGUUUAGUUAAGAACCUGUUCUUCAACUUUAGUUUGUCAUGUAUUUUAAAACUGUUAAGGUUAUCGUAGAUAAUAUCCAACGGUUAUUCCCAAUUACAGAUGUAUAUUUAGUCAGACUGGAAAUGCAUACUGUGAAAAUUUUCUC